AUGUACAACAGGAUAAGAAAUCGAGGGAAGAGAGCUGAGUCCAUCUUUGCUUAUGAAGCCCAGAACGAGCCUAUGCAUGAAAACGAAAGCCCAGAUACACUUACUGCAUGGCAGUGCACUAUAGCUCAGGCUAUCAAGGACAACAUGAAUGAUAACCCCGACAUGCUUGUUACUACUGGCGGCGCUUCAUAUCUUGCUACUUCUGUCCAAGCUCCAUACUUCUCCUGCGACGAAAUUGAUGUUAUUGGGAUUCACGCUUAUGGGGUGGGAGACUUAGAUACUUCGAGCCUCCAAUCAUACGUCACACAAGCUCAAAACGCUGACAAGAAGCUUAUUAUGCAAGAAUGGAGUGCAUGCUACCUUGAUGCUUCUAACAACGCGUGUAACGGUGGUUCCCCACUCGAUUCUGGCAUGCGCGACAACAACAUCUUCACUUGGGCCUCACAGUUUGACGCUGCUGGCAUUCCGUGGUUCUACUGGCAGAUCAUUUUCAACGCCGAUCCUCAUCAAGACUGGGAUUAUGCGGUCGGUAUCAAUGACGUAAACUGGCCUGCCCUCCAGAGCGCUUCCAUAGCUACUGGGAACGCUACCUCUGCUUUUGACUUCAGAAUGGACUUUAGUUUAUAUUGUGGUGAAUGA